UGUCUGAGAACGUAACGUGCUGCGCGAACAAAGUGCAAUCAAGUAUUGUUCUUGGGGUAUUCGACCACUAAGAGGUUUUUGCAUCUGGCGUCGCACACAAAUCUGCGCGAUGCUUCUGAGGCCUCUAUUGAGGCGAGCCAGUCAGUCAUUAGGCACGAAGACAUCUGGCAGUGUCGUAACUUCUUAUUCAGCUAGUGUAGCACCCCGCGGUGUGUCAUGGUGUUCCGAUCCGUGCUUCACGGCAUCAUCUUCUAGGAGCUUCCACCUCAGUAGCAUAUUAGAAAAACGUGAUUAUUAUGAUGUGCUUGGCGUUCCGCGUAACGCAAGUUCUAAGGAUAUCAAAAAAGCGUAUUAUCAAUUAGCCAAAAAAUACCAUCCGGAUACAAAUAAAGGAGACAAGGAUGCCGCGAAGAAGUUUACUGAGGUUUCGGAGGCGUACGAGGUGCUUAGUGAUGAGAGUAAACGGCAACAGUAUGACCAGUUUGGCACAGCUAGUAUGGGUAGCACCGGCUUCGGUGCAGGCAGUGGUGGACCGGGAGCUGGUUUCGGUGGAGCGGACAGAGGCCAACAACAGUAUACCUAUCAAUCGCACAUUGAUCCUGAGGAGUUGUUUCGCAAAAUAUUUGGCGACUUUGCUGGCGGUCAGGGUGGUAACAAAAAUGGAUUCGAUCCAUUCGGUGCAGAGGAAAGUCAAUUUGGUUUUGGGCAGGCGCAAGAGGUGAUUGUCAACCUGACAUUCGAAGAGGCAGCGCGCGGCAUCAAUAAAGAGAUGCAAAUUAAUAUUGUUGAUACGUGCCCCAAGUGUUCGGGUUCGCGCGCCGAACUCGGCACGAAAUCACAGCCUUGCCAAUUCUGCCACGGCACUGGUAUGGAAACUAUCUCAACGGGACCGUUCGUCAUGCGCUCGACGUGUCGAAAAUGCGGCGGCACGCGCGUCUUCAUCCCUCAUAAAUGUACAGAAUGCGCUGGUAAGGGUCAAACGGUGCAGCGGAAGAAAGUCACGUGUCCAAUUCCGGCAGGCGUCGAAGAUGGUCAGACAAUUCGAAUGGUAGUCGGAAACAAGGAAUUGUUUGUCACGCUACGAGUGGCACGGUCGAGGCAAUUUCGACGAGAUGGCGCUGACCUCCACUCGGAAGUACCCAUCUCGAUCACACAGGCCGUGCUAGGGGGCACCGUUAACGUUCACGGCAUUUACGAGGACGUUCGACUCCGUAUCCAGCCCGGAACAUCUUCGCACACCAAAAUUAGAAUUAGUGGGAAAGGCCUUCGUCGAGUAAACACUAGCGGCUGUGGUGAUCAUUACGUUAAUAUUAAAAUCGAAGUUCCAACGUCGCUUACACCCGAAAUGAAGGCUCUAAUGCAAGCCUUUGCCGAGGUUGACAAGCACAGCAAUAAAUAUGGUACCGUUGGCAGUAACCAAGGUAGUCCGAAGGACGGAUCAAAGCCUGAAGCUGAGACUGGGCAGAAGAUGAAAGAGGACGGCAAGGAUGACGACGGAAUCCUGUCGAAAAUUAAAAAGGCGAUCUUCGAGUAAGUAAGGAGCCGAUUUACUCGAUUUAUUCUCCUUCCGUCAGCAACACAUAUGGUCUUUCGUUUAGUCAUAGGACACACUGGUGUAGCAGUGCGACCUAUUUCGUGUUUCUCGGGACACGAAUAGAAGAGACCGAAGCUGCUGACGGGGAUUUGCUAGCACUGGUCUUGUCAACGAGAGCAAGCUUUGUCGGCAAGCAUCUCUUAAUUAAUUAUAUAGACGUAGAUCAACUAUGUUGAAAACAACAACGGAAACAAUAGCAAUCAUCGAAUAGAAAAGGAGGUAGGGAAUUUUUAAAUUCUGUACACAAACACAGUCAUACAAACAUGCAAAAACAAGUAUACAGACGUGCAGGAGCAUCUCUAACACAGAACGCGUAUUGAAAACCCACAGAUUCAAUUGCACCUGUCUAAAUAUAGUAAACAUGAGCCGCAAUGGAGGAUGCCUAGAGAAUAUGAAAAUGUAUGGUCCUGAAGGACAUCAAAACAAAUGGUUGACGCUGUAGCGUCGUGGAUUGGAAUGGACUAAUUGCGGGCAGGUGGAUAACUAAAAAUGGGAAGUUGCUGUCUUGUGUCAAUUUCGGUAGCUGACGAAUUGACGGCUGCACUUUUAUAUUUCGCCGCAGGUGGUUCCGGUGACUGAAAAACACUUGCAGAUUGUUCGCCAGUUGUUACUGCUGCUAUCAAUUAUUGUUUUGGUGGCAACCUGUCCCUUUGUUUGACCCAUCUCCUGUAUCAACAAUACAACCUCGCUUGCCACUUAACCAACGAAUGACACUAAUAGUAAAGGGUUCAAACAUCGGUUUAUGUUUAUAGACGUCUAAUAUGAUGAAUGAUAUAGAUGGAAAGAACUAUUAGAAAAGAAAAGGCUAGAUUCUACUGAUUUGUCAAUAAACAUUGAAAAUCCAUGUUAACACAUUUAACUAAAGCGUACUGGGAGAAUGAAGACAAAUAACUAAUAGUAAUAACAAAAAAUAUCAGGUAGCAGUAACAACCCUAAAAGAAUAAAAUGAAAAAGACAAAAAAGAUGUACAAUUUGCUUAUAUAAAUAUAAUAUUUAAUAGAUGUUGGAGUGUUCUACAAUAAAUUCUUUGUAUCUUAACAAAAAAAAAAUGGUUGCCCUGCCUUUUAUGUAUGAUAAUGGUAUAUAUUUGUAAAUGUGUGAAUUAGUAGAAGGUUUUCCUUCACGCAAAGCUGCAAAAUUAGUUGAAGGUUGACGAUCGAAAUGUGUGAGGUAAACAAGUCUCGCUUCACAGAGUUGUCUGCUAACGUAAGCACGAAGUCCUCAGAGAAGUUAUAGGUUUCCGCGAAAAGUAAGCUAUCCUGCACAUAAAGCUUUCAUUAUAGAAUUCCAUCGAGUCGCGCCGUACCUAUUCGCAAGUAAUCAAAAUCGAUAGAGCUUUUCGAUAUAUAUAUAGAACGCGUUGAACUAGCAAAAUACCUCAGAAAAUUCUCUGAAUAAUCACAAGAAAUUAGUAAAAGUACAGCAAAUAUAAUAGGAUAACUCUUUCCGCCUGAAAAAACCUAAUCCUUUUACAUACAUGCUUCCAUUGUGAAAACUAGAAAAGCUAAAUCGGUCAAGCCCAGUUUACUAGUCAAUAAACCUUUCUAACAUUAAUGCCACUCUAUUAUUUGCUGUUUAUAAGAAAGAGUUGAUUUUCGCAAGCUUUUUAUCGGAAUUGAGCUUUUGCGUGCAAAUUGUUUACAUCGGAGUUAAGUUUUUUUGCCGACCCUCAACUUCUGUUCGUGGUAACGUAUUUCUUGUGUUAAUUUUAGGGAUACGUUGUGAAAAGGAACACGUUCGCAUCCGCGUGUAGCCACACCUAGUUUUGCGCUGGCAGUUAGCUAUAUGAUGGAGCGCCUAGCAACGACAUCUUUGCUUAAGACUCCCGGCUCUUGAUCUCAUUAAGCAUUACUAAGCAAAUCACGGGGUACGCGCGCUCGCGAUGUGUGGCCUUUCUAUGGGGCCCUCUAGUUAUGCCUUAUUUUCUAUCUACUAUAGAGAUUCCUUUUUAUAGAAAAGGGCUCCGUGAAAAUGUGUUGCGGAAAUCUCGAGAUCCGAACAUGCCGCCUGCAUAAAACUGCCUUAUAAUAGUAGCUUUGCUUGAGUCAAAAUAUGACUAACAUUUUAUACCUAUCAGAUAAAGUGCUAAUGCAAAGCUUGUCUGAAAAAUGAAUUCCCUGAACGCUGGGGCUUAGCACCAAAUAGAAUGUUAUAGAUACUUUAUAUGGCAGGCUAUAUUAUUAAUAAAUGAUCAAAAACUGAAAAUAAUCUGCGUUUAUUUUAUAUGCAAAUUUGUAAAGUUAUAGGUAGGCUGCAAGUUUGAUAUCAUUCCCCAAGUAAAAUUGCGUAAAAACUUCAUAAAGCAUAGCAUGUUCCCUCCAGAAGCAGCUUUUUUGCUCAUCUACAGGUUCUUGAAAUCCAACUAUUCCAAAACAGCGAUGCAUUGCAUUAACAAUUUUUUUUUACUUCACUUAAAUUUGCACGCACGAAAGCAAAAUGAGCAAAUAAACUACAACAAAGCAAAUAAACUAGUGAAGAUUAUUCUUCAAACAUAACGUGAAAGAAAUUCAGUUAUCAUUCUUUAGACAUUCACGGAGUGUAUAUUGUGCUACAAACGAAAAGGUCAGGCACUUAGACACAUCUUGAACUACACCAAUCCCCACUUUGACUAAGUAUGACGUUUUUGAACUGUGGCCUUCCGGAUAUGAUGAUGCCUGCGUAAUCCUGGAAACCAAUGUCCUUAAUAGAAGGAAUAAUUAGAUAGACACAUUACACGUAUUGUAAAACCAUGCUAGUAGACCUUCAAAUGAAUAUGGCUGUGGAUACGAGGUCAUUACUGUUCAUAUCUCCAGGCCGAUCCCUCCUACUUCUAACAAACGGCUUUAAACGGGGG